CUGUUAAACUUAUAUGUAAAUAUAAUAAACAUUAUAUAAAUGCUGGUGCUAGAGCAGCUCAGCAUCCACACUUGGUGGUUGUAGUUUCUGGCUAAUAAUGAAAAGAAAUAGAAAAUAUUCUACAAAAAGUAUUCAAUUGGUUUUUUCUGUCCUGUUUUUAAUAAACUGUUAUUCAUUUUGUAUUUGCUCAAAGAUACUAAAAAUCGCCAUGAAGAUGCUAACUGUGUCUGCAGUUCUCUGUGCAGUGGUGGCUCUAACCACGGCUGCUGAGGCCAGAGAUGAAGUAGAGGGAUUGAUGCCCCCAGCCAAGAGUCACGUGGUCAAGAGGUCCCCUCGUUGUCCUGGUGGUUGGACUAAGUACGGUCAUCGCUGCUUUUUCUUUAAUUCAACAGUCGCGAGUUGGGCUGAUGCUGAGAAAUGCUGCUUGAUCAUGGGGGCACAUCUUGCAUCAGUUCGCAACAUCAAUGAGUACCGUGAGAUUCAGAGGCUGACUGGCAAAAAAGAAAGUUGGAUUGGAGGAACUGAUGCAUCAGAGGAGGGUACUUGGUUGUGGAGUGAUGGGACCUGUUUUUGCCAUACAAAGUGGCGCUUUAGAGAGCCCAAUAAUGAUCGCAAUCAGGAUUGCCUUCAGAUAAAUCGUGGAGUUUUCAAGUGCUGGGAUGAUAUGUGGUGUGAUGCUCAUCUGCCAUCUGUCUGCGCCAAGAAAAUCUGAUCAUUCUUGGACUGACACUGGAGCAUGAAAUUCCCAUAAAACACACACUGAUGUAUGAUGGUGUUUGUGUUUUGCUCGCUCUUACUUCAUUUCGUUUUGGAGCAUUAUAUUUUUCCUCUCUCUGUCAUAACAAAAUGACCAGCCAACACAAGCUGGGCUGUCCAUGAGGCAGCCUUUAAAGCAGUCCUGUCUUUAAUAAGAGCAGGCUAGUUACCAAAGGUCUGGUAGUGAUUUUUUUUCUCU